CCCGGCGUGUGAGUGGCUGGCAGUACAGGUGCGAGGGACAACAACAACAAGAUGGACGCGUGUACUGCGGUGGCCAGAGAAAUAGAAAAAGUCCUGUCCAAAUUCACCUCGUACAGUGACCACGCGACGAGCACCAUCACCUCCCUACACAGCAACAUCGAGAGCCUGCAGUCAGAGAUAGACCAAGUAGGCAGUGGAGACAUCACAGAGGCACAGGCAGUAAUCCUGAGUCAGGCCAUUGGGCGUGUUAAGGAGGCUGUGAACCGGCUCAGUACUGAACAUAGGGACCUGCACUCCUCUGUCUCCAAGGUUGGCAAGGCAAUUGACAAGAACUUUACAGCAGACUUUGGGUGCAUCAGUAAUGACUCAGUAUUUAGUGGAGACAAGCAGCAGCUUGUCAAUGAGGUGAUCUGCCAGCACUUUUUCCGGGAGGGACUGCUGGACAUUGCUGAGGAGUUCAUCAGUGAAACAGGGCUAGAGCUGCAGGAAGAGUCAAGAGAGCCUUUCUUUGAGUUGAACAGGAUUUUGGCAGCUCUAAAGGCAAGAGACCUUGGCCCAGCACUGCAGUGGGCUGAGGAGAACAGGGAGAAACUGAGGGCACAGAACAGCAGCUUAGAGUUCAAGCUACAUCGACUAGCCUACAUCAACCUUGUGAAGGAAGGUCCCCACAGAGUGCCACAGGCCAUUGAGUAUGCCCGCCUUCAUUUCACUCCCUUUGUCUACCAGCAUGAGAAAGUAAUCCAAAGUUUGAUGGGCUGCCUACUCUAUGUGAAGGGUGGCCUGGAGCAUUCCCCUUACACAGACCUCUUGGGUUCCCAUCAGUGGUCCGAGAUCUGCGAGGUGUUCACCCGCGAUGCCUGUGCUCUACUUGGUCUUUCAGUAGAUAGCUCCUUGGCUGUCUGUGUCAAUGCUGGGUGUACAGCUCUACCUGUACUGCUGAACAUCAAGCAGGUGAUGCAGCAGCGAGCCGUACAUAACAUGUGGAACACUAAAGAGGAGUUGCCGAUUGAGAUAGACUUGGGUCCAUCAUCACGCUAUCACUCCAUAUUUGCCUGCCCAAUAUUGCGGCAGCAGUCGACAGAGAGCAAUCCUCCGAUGCGCCUCAUAUGUGGCCAUGUCAUUUCUCGAGAUGCCCUCAACAAGCUCACAACCAGCGCCAAGCUGAAGUGUCCCUACUGUCCUGUGGAACAAAAUCCUGCAGAUGCUGUUCAGAUAUUCUUUUAAUCACUGUCUCCUGUUUUAUAUAUACUGUGUCAACAAAUAUAUCUCACUGUAAGUAAGCUUUUUCACUAGUUUAUAUUCGAGAAAUACAAAUGCAUUCUUUUAUAUCAUUGUUUGAUAUAUCUAUGAUCAACCAGUCAUCUUCAUUUCAUCAUUGUAAAGUAAUCUAAAGUCUGUGCUUUCAUAGGGAGUAGUUGUAUGUAUUAGCUAAUAGAACAGAUCUCUGUAGAAUUUUAGUAUUAAUGCAAGGGAAUAGCAGGUUCACAGUUUUAAUUAUAAUAGAAGUUGAACUUAGUAGACCUUUUGGUUCACUGGAGUGUAAAUGUAUUCCCAGUAAUACUUUCUCCUUUCUUCUUCAAGUGAUAAAAGUUUGUGCUCGAAAAGAUAAUAGAAAUUAAUUGCCCAGUAUUUGAGAAAUGUCUGUGUUGUGAGCAUAAUCACUGGUGAAAGAAAUCAAAGUAUAUGGAGGGAACAGCAUGUCUUGCAUGGAGAAGAAAUGAAUUGUGGAUAGAAAUGGUGAAAUGUAGAACCAUGGUAUUGACAGUCUCAAGAGGUAAGGGAUGAGAUAGAGGUUAUGGAAGAGAACAUACAAGAGUGGAAAUGAAUGCUACUGUUGUGAGAGAAAAUCCUAUGCACACUAAGUGGAUAGAAUGCUGAAGCAUGUGUUUUGUGUGUGUGUGUGUGUGUGUGUGUGUGUGUGUGUGUGUGUGUGUGUGUGAGAGAGAGAGAGAGAGAGAGAGAGAGAGAGAGAGAGAGAGAGAGAGAGAGAGAGAGAGAGAGAGAGAGAGAGAGAGAGAAUUGUACUAUUUGAUGCUGUAAUAAAGUGAGAGUGAUGGAGAGGACUUGAGUGUGUAAGGAUCAGAUGUUAGGGCAGACUUGCCUACCAUUGUUACUUCAUAGAGGCAUUAAAGUUGAUAAGAUUGAACUAAAUUGUUCUAAAAGUAAUUGGUAUGGAUCCUGGUUUCUUUGCCUGUUUGUACUUCAAGACUAGUAGAUAGGAUAUGGAACAUGUGGUUUAAAACAGCUUAUCAACUUUCAGACCCAUGAAAAAAUAAGGUAACCUGAUUGGAAUUUGAAUGAGAAUAAUACUUAAGUAUAAUAUGAAGGUGAAAUAAGAGUAUCUUGAAUUACUGAAAGUAAAGUCUGGUAUUAUGGAAGAUAUAAUCCAUAAAAUUAUGUUUAAAGAAUGUCACCCCAUGAUAAGGCAAUGUUCAAGCAGAGAGGAAAAAAAAAUAUUGAAAGCAUAAGAAGAUUACUGGAAAAAUUUGGAAUAGACAGCUGAUGGAUGUGCAGAGAUAGCUGGAGAGGCUUAUCAUCAGUGGUCUUUCUAGGGUGAUUGAUGAUAUGGAUGAUUUUAGUUAUGAUCUAGUGAAUAGUGUAUCAGUCUUAGUUUUACGUAGAUAAGAAUGUGCUUUGCUUUAUAAAGAGAUAAACAGCAGUUAGUUGUGCUUUGACAGAGAAAUCUGGUUUUUCACAUUGUGUUAGAUCUUCACCUUUGCCCCAGGCAGUUAAUGAAACAUGAGGAAUUGUGUAAAGGAAACACUAUGUUAAUUUAUAUAUUUAGUACUUAGUUUGUAUAGAAAGUACUUAUUUAUAUUGAAUGCUUCACCAAAUUUUGUGUUUUUGAAUUAAAAUUCUUGAUAGGAUUUUACAGAAUACAAGACAGUCAUAAUAUCGUACAUGUACAGUAUGUAUUCAGUGCAGGUUCCUAAUUAAACAUUGUUUAUAUUUUCA